CGGCUUUGGAGCUCGAUCAUGUCGUCGAGCUAAGGACGGAACUACCUUCCUGCGGAACAAGAAACGUUGUGCCGCGCAUGGCUGCACGUUUCGCUUGACCCCAUCGUCGGAAAUGACCAGAAGUCAUCUCUAUUCUACGAGAGAGUAGCAGCCAUUUACAACGACCAGCAUGACCCACGCACGCCUGCAAGCUUGCAAAUUCACUGGCGUGAUACUAUCCAGAAACAAGUUUCCCUUUUCUGCGGGGUGUAUAAAAAGGCUCUGCACAACCCCCCAUCUGGGGCCAACAACAUUGACCACGUGAAGACCGCAAUGGAAUUGUACAGGGUGCGUUCAAGAAAGGCCACGUUCCGUCUACACCACUGCUGGCUCAUUCAAAAGGACGCGCCAAAGUGGCAAGAAACCAUGCCAUCCUCGGUGUCAAAGUCCACCAAGGCGUGCAUCGUGUCACUCAGCGAGUCCAACGGAGUCCGUUUUGAGUGCUCUGUCGAUAACGUGAUCAAGGCGCCCACUCUUACAUCCAUCCGAUCUUUGGGCAACAAAAAGGCGAAAGCAAAGAGUCAAGUAGAAAUUUAUUCCAUUGAAAUAGCGGAAAGUGGGAUCCUCAAAGUACAAACGGAUAUGGUGAAGGCAAUUGUUGAACGCAACGCCAUUGCACGUGACAACGGUCAACUCAAAAUGUUCACGGUGCGCGUUGACCCCGACGACGUUGAAGCCUCAGCCUUUAUUGCCGCGAAACGACGUUCUGCUAUGUUAGACGUCGAGUUAGAAAUUGAAACGAAAAGGCAAAAGCUCAUAGCACUUCGACGCGCUAAUGAUGACGCUAGCAGUAGCACUAAUGCUCCAGCCACAGAGUCAACUGAACCUAACUCAGAUAAUGACGAUGCAUAAAUCGAAUACGAAGUUAUAUUUGAGAUA